CCAUGGCUCCCACUCACCUCAUUAUCGUUUGCGGACAUGCAGUUUGGAUCGGCGGUCCCAAAAAUGGUUGGGACGAAGCAGAGUGGCUCAUUGAGGGCUUCCAGCGAGGGGAAACGCCCACCUUCAUCGAGCACAUCAAAGCUGGUGUGAGACUCCUCCAACAAGACGGCGACGCCACGUUGGUGUUUUCCGGCGGCGCAACCCGCGAGCAGGUCUCCCUCUCGGAAGCCCGGAGCUACUACAAUCUCGGCCGCGCCAACAAGUGGUUCGGCCUCUUGCCAUCGGGCGGCCCCUCCACGCCGCACCCGGCGCCCGAGUCCCGCAUGCUGCUGGAAGAACGAGCGCUGGACUCGUACGACAACGUGCUCCUGUCCGUCAUCGCCUUCUGGCGGCGGCACGCCGUCUGGCCGCAGCGCGUGACCAUUGUCAGUCACGAGUUCAAGCGCGAGCGCAUCGUCGACGGCCAUUGCGCGGCGAUCGGGUUCCCGCUAGAGAAGGUCGCCUUCGUCGGGAUCAACCCGCCCGGUGUGGAGCCGGCGGGCUCGGCGUCGUCGGGGGCAUCGGACGAGAAGAGGGAGGCGAUGAAAGGCGUGCAGCUGGCGCUGGGACAGUGGGCGGAUGAUCCCCACGGGGUGGGAAGUCAGCUCAUGGGGAAAAAGAUGGAACGGAACCACUGGGGAACUCGGCAACCGUUGUUUGACAGUGACGAGGAGAGGCAGAGGAGCGGGGUUGCUACUAGGUGGCUCUGGGACGGGAUCCAUGAGGGGUUGGUUCCGGGGGUGAAGAUGCCCUGGGGAGGGGAGUCGAAGUAGAUGACGGUUUAAUUCUGGGGUCUUGUUGACGGACUUGUCCAAAGCUUGUAGCGGUUGAAUAGCUGCCAGUUGCCAGGAGUGCC